AAUAAUGCAUGUGCAGCUGCACACAGAGCUGUGUGUCCAUGUGUCCGUGUGUCUGUGUGUCUGUGAGCACACACAGAUGCCCGAGGGCCCCCCGGGGGUGGGUGGAUGCGUGUGGAGCCGCCCUGGGGUGUGGCAGCCCCGGCAGGGCCUUUAAAAGCAGGACUGAGCUGGGGUGAUCCUGGAGAGAGACACCUGAGACCCACCAGGACACCACCAGGACACCACCAGGACAUCACCAGGACACCACCAGGACACCCUGCUGAGCCUCAGAACCCACAGGUGAGUCUCGCAGGGCUCUGGCACUGCCUGCAGGUGACUUGGGGACCAGCUGGGAGAGAGAGGUGGAGAAAACCUGAGGAGAAGAUGGGAGGGACAAAGAAACUCAAGAGACCCACUAAGAGGAGCAGAGGGGAUCUGAGGCCUGGCCGUGCCCUGGGGAGGAGAACCCAGCUCCCAGCUGUUUGAGUUCAAGGAGGAGCUGGAUGAUGCUCUUAGCCAUGUGCUUUAGUUUUCAGCAUCCUUGCAAGGAGCCAGGAGUGGGACUUGGUCCUUAUGGAUCCUGUCUCGAUUCCAGGGGCACUGGGGACCAGCCAGGAGAGAGGGAUGGAGGAGACUGGGAGAGAAGGUGAAAAGGAUGGAGGAGACUGGGAGAGAAGGUGAAAAGGAUGGAGGAGACUGGGAGAGAAGGUGAAAAGGAUGGAGGGGACUUGGGGACCCAAAGGGAGGGGCAGAGGAGACUGUGCUGAGCGUGUCCCAGUUCAGGGGCCGCAGCUGUCCCCCCUCCCCUCCCGUUCGGUCUCUCCACAGCCAUGAAGGUGCCGCUGUGCCUCGGGCUCCUCCUCGCCCUCGCCGUGGCCGCCUGCCGCUGCCGGCCCCCGGCAGAGGCCCCCGCUGCCAUGGGGGACCCCCCCCAGCACCCCCCCAGCCUGGCCCGGCGGGACCGGCCCGAGUACCUGUCCCGGGAGCAGCAGCACCUCCUGUCCCAGCUGCUGCCCCACGUCCUCGCAGAGCUGGACAAGCACAAGGGCUUUGUGCAUGAGGAUGAGGGGAUGGAGGCUCUGCACGACCACUACUACCCCGACUGGAUGGACUUCGGCCGCCGCAGUGCUGGGGACGAGGCUGGGGCUGCGUAGCUGCUGGGCUGGGCUGGCCAGGCAGAGCACACCUCACUCAGUGUGAGCCCUUUCCCUCAAUAAAACUCUGCCACUA